AUGUCGGCAGCAUCGAGGGCUUCUGCUGAUGUACGAGAAGAUGAAGAUCAGCAAGUGAAGUUCCAAGAUUGCAUUGAUUUACUGGUAGCAUGCGGGUACUUUCGGGCACGAAUCAAAGGUCUUUCUCCUUUCGAUAAGAUUGUAGGUGGUAUGGUAUGGUGUAUAACAAUGUGUAACUACUCCGUGGACGUGGACUUAUUACAUUCUGAGAACUCUACCAUUGGAGAACGAAUUGCUUUAACGGAAAAAAUCGUGGAGACACUGAACGCAUUGAAAUGUCCAUUCGCUAUCCAACCUCAUCAAAUCCAAGGAUUCGAUUAUAAGCAUAUCUUCCCUGUCAUACAGUGGCUAGUCAAAAAAACGAUAGAGGCCAAAGAGCUCCAUGGGGACGAGUUGGAACAUUACGCACUUUACAAAUAUGAGCAAAAGAAAGGAAUAAUUACUAAAUCAAGUCAAAACUACGAAGAGGUUAGAGCGAAUGUUUUCCCCGAACGUAAUUUCAAAAGAGGAUCGAACACCGUUACAAAAAACAUUUACGACGAUGCUUUGUGUACCUUAGCAGAAUAUUCCAACUUUGAAAAUAAUGCUGCAUCAAAUAACGAAUCUCUCGGGAGUACACUGAAAAACCUAGAAGAGACUUCCGCUCGCGACAAGGUCUCUACCAAAGUUUUGAAAAAAGUUAUCGAUAAUCUCGUACUCCCAAAAGAAUCUAUAACGUUGUCCGAGGAGGAUGUCAUGAAAGCCAAGUUGGAAGAGUUACAAUCCGCAAGAGAUUUGUUGGAUGUUCAGAUCACUGAGAUGGAUGAGGAUAAUAACGGACUUCAUGAGACCAUGUCAAUUUUGAGAGCCGAAACGAACGAGAUGAAACAAUUUAUAGAAACAAUAGACCCUGAAUUAAUGCAAGAGUACAUACGUUCUCAAGAUGAAUACAAAUCUCGUCAAGAGAGCCUGGCUAACUACGAGAAGAAUUGUGAAGAAGAACUUGCUGAACUGACCUCUGAACUUGAGCUACUAUCGAGUGAAGAAUCCGCGAUCCGUGAAGCAGACCUCACCACUUUGAAAGCUGCAUUAGCUUCCAAACAAAUGGAGUUGAGAAAUAUCAGACUAGACUACUCAAACGUAUCGCGAGAAUUCCUACAAAUGCAGACAAGCAUUGACAAUGUCCCAUCGGCAGCAGAAGUAGCGCAAUAUCACAAAAGAUUUGUGGAGCUCUAUGAUCAAAUGGCAAAUAAACAUUCCCAGACGAAGGAAUAUAUCACCGUCUUUAAUAAUUUAGUAGAUGUGAAGAAUUUCACGAAGAAACAGCUUGACUUAUUGGCAAGCAUAGAGGAGAACCUACCCAAAGCGACGAAAGAGCCAUACAGAGAUUCUUUCAAUCAGAACUUGCGGAACGUCUUGCAAGGCGUUGAAAAUAAUUUAGAAAAGAUCAAAGCAAAGAAUUCGCGCCUUGAAAAGGAUAAGGCUGAGUUACUUGAAGAGUAUUCUCAAUUAAAAGAAGAUCAAAGAGCUUUCGUGAGGGCGACGGAAGAGUUCGAACAGCUGUGCAAACGUAACAAAGAGUUAAAGAAACUCAUAAAACAAGCCAAUAGUGACAUGUAA